ACGUUGUCAAAUGUCCCCUGGGAGGCAAAGUUCCCCUAGUUGAGAAGCACUGAUUGAAGGGGGAAGAAUUUUCAUUGUAAGUUGUGUCAUUUUAACUGUGAAGAAAUAACUUUGGGAAAAUGCAUUAUGGGCAUUCAUUAAUAUCAGACACAGAACUAUUUGUAACUUGACUAUGUAUCAGAUCAGUUGUGCUUUCAAUAGUAAACAAAUAGAGCACUUAAUUACCACAACAGUGAUAACAUAAUCACUCUGAUUGGCAUUGCUUCAGAAUAGCUAAGACUAAUCAGAAAUGGUCUAGAUUGGAAAUGACAGCUUUACAUGCAUGACUGAAUGUGUAUGGGUGAAAAAUUGUUGUAGUAUAAGGUUAAGAAGUCUAUUUUAGUUUUUUAUGAUAAUUACUGCAUAUUUUAUAGAGUGACAUCAACUGGCUUACAGGAAAAUAGCCAUUCUGUGUUAUUCUCAGACAGAAGGAGUAUCCUCUGUUAAAAAAUAUAUAGUAUCUUAUUUGAUCUUGUUGACUAAUAUAUACUGUAGUUACAAUGAACAAGACAAUAUAGACAAAUAUUUGAGAGACAUAUUAAUUGUAUGCCAGGAAACGUGAAAUUUCCCAAAGCCAAAUAUGAUUCUACAUCCAUUUCUAUCCAGUGCCUAAAAGGAGAAACUUUGAGGAGCGCUUUAACUUUUAAGGUACUGAAGAACGUUUCUAUGUGUUUUAGAAGUAAUGUGGGCUGAUAAUUAAGGGACUGUGGAAAUGAAGCACUUAAUGUUAGUCACAAUGUUCCAAAUAGCUGAUAUUUGUCCUUAGGUGAGAGAACCACUUAAGAUAGAAAGAGUCAGGUUUAUUCCAAACCAAAUUAGUUCUAUUAUUUAUUUCUAGCAAUUAUCAGGUUUUAUUAUUUAUAGUUGCUGAAAUUCUGAAAACAAAAAUUUUUAAAUAUUACCCUUGGUACCAGUGAUAUUUGGUUAAGUCCCUUGACUCCUCCAGGCCUUAGUUUUGCAUUAGUCAAAUUAAGGCGUUGAAAUAGAUCAUCUUAAGGACCUGUCCAACUUUAAUUGGUUAUUAUUCUCUGGUAGAUUAAAUUAAUAACUGGAAAAAAUGAAGAUUAAAAUAAAAACUAUCCCUUGAGUUGUAACUAUGGUUUCAAUUACAGGAGAUUGAUCCUUUAUUUUCCCAAAUAAAGGAUAUAACAGCCUUUCAGUUUAAGUAACAAUACAUUUCUUAUAUAUUAAACUGUUCAGUUUUCCAUGUAUGUUGAGAAUGUUAGGCAGUAAAAUAUAAUUAUUUUAAAACCAUACAACGUAAAAUGAGAUUUUGCAGUGAUGCUGUUCACACUAAUAUCUUGAUUCUCAAAGUAUUGCAGAGCAAUUAGCAAUGUGAUAAAUUAAGAAGGGGAACUAACACUGGUUCUGUUUCUGUCCAAUUAUAGAUAACAGGUUAGAUUGUAGUAUUGACAGUACAAAAGAUAAAAUUUAUCAGCAGAAAAUAUUUUUAUGCAUAAUUCAUUUAUCCGUUAUUAUUUAGAUUUAAUAAAAGUUUUCUUCUCUCUAAAGGGAACAUAUUAUGAUUGGGAAAAGUUUACAUUGUUCUUGGAUCUAUAUAAUAAUAAUAUUUAGGCCAGCAGCAGCAGCAUUGUUAUGACUGCCAUUUAUUGAGCACUUAUGUGCCAACACUUGUCUUAUAUUAUCUCAUUUAAUCCUUACAGCAAUUCUGUGAAGUAGGUAUUGUUAACUACAGUUGCUAAGUAACUCCUUCAAAGUCCCAUAAGGAAUAGGCCACAGAGGCAGUAUCUGUCUUUCUCCAAACUUUGCCCCUUACCAAACUGUAAGAACCUCGGGGAAGACAAACAAACCAUCUUAAUUCUUAAUUCCACACAUAGUUAAUAGCUUCAGUAAGACAGUGAAUUCCUAUACUGCAGACUGAGUGUGAAUUAUUUUGACAUAUGUGACUCGACUUAAUUAUCCAUACACAUGACUUUCUGUAUAGUAUCAGAUUCAUCUGUCAGUCUCUCAAUUAGGUUUUGGUGAGUGGUCAAAAUUAAGUUCACUCUUAUAUCAGAAUGUCUGCUAUGGUUUAUUUCAUUCUCUGUCUUUAAGCAGACAUAGGGCCUACGGAAAGCUCCUACGGCUUUAAAUUAGAGGAAGACUUUCUUAGCUUCUUACAAACCUACCCCAUCUUUUGAAUGGUAGUCCUUCAUAGGCUUGCUUAAAGAAUAGACGUUUUCCCACGGCCCCCUGCUGAUUCUAAAUGAACAGAUUCUCAGCCCCCUGCUGACUGGUGAAUAUAUUGCUUCUCCUCAUCUUUACCCUUUACUGACAGCCUUCAUAAUAACUUGCUUAGAAGACAAACGGCACGGCAGAAUCUCUGACAACUCAUUAAGGAAGAAUACAGUAGAUUUCUGCCAAAUAUCACUGCCAUUUUAAUGUGAACUAACAGCAGUUUUUGUCAUGAUGCAAGAAGGAAAGGAUGCUGCUGAGAACUAUUGCCUUCUGUCAAAAGCAGCAUAAUGUCUCUUUGCAUUGUUUUUAAAGAGGGGUUUAAUGAAGAAGUCAAUGUAUAGAUUAUCUAUAGAAUUUUGCCUUUGCACAUGCUGUUCCCUCUGCAUGGAAUGCCUUUCUCUCCAUUUUCUGCCUACCUUUCCAGAGCCAGCCCUAAUGGUACAUUCAAUAUGAGCCUUUCCCUGUCUCUCAUAGCAUCACUCCUUCCUCUGGGCUCUGACAACACUUUUUUCUACCUCUGUUGUAGCAAUUAACAUGUUGCAGUAUAGCAUGUGUAAUUAUUUGUCUUCUUGACUCAACUAGAAGCUUCUUGAACACAGGGACCACAGCGUAUUCAUCCUCGAAUCCCCUGCACCCGGCACAGUGCCCGGCACAGAGUAGGUGCUGGGUUACUGAUUGUUAAAUGACUUCCCUACCAUAGUAUGAGUUUUUUCCUGUUGGAGUCCAAACCUACUUAGAGUAUAAUGAUUGCGGUCAUGGAAUCUAUGGACAAGUCCCAGCUCUCCUUUCUCUUUUCCUCUUUCUAGAGAGAAAUAUGUCAAAAUGUUAAUAGUGGCUGUCUCUGGGUGAUAAGAUUAUGGCUUAUUUUCAUAUUUUUCUGUGUUUUCCAAACAUUCGGAAAUCAGUAUAUAUAUUACUUAUGUAUUCACAAAAGACACUUAAAGAAAAAAUCUCUUUCAGUUUAUUUCCGAACAGGGAAACUGAGGCCAAGAACAUUACAUAGGCAGUUCAUGGCCUUAAGUUGGAAUAAGGAAACCUGCAUUGGCUCAACCAAUUUUUGCUAUGAGAUUUAAAACAUUUCCCCUGGGAAAAGAAGUCUAAAUUUCUCCUCUUUGAAAAGAACGGAGACACAAGUCCUGGAUGUGGAGCAGCCAUCUUUUGACCAUAAGGAAGAAAACCACACAAGACCUGAUGACUUCUUUGAGCAACUACACUUCUACUGGACCGUAUACCUCCUGACCUCGUGUCAUGUGAAGAAAAUCUCAAUCUGGUUAAGCUACUGAGUUGGGUUCAAGCAACUGAAUGCAAUCCCAAUAUAGUAUUAUAUACAUUUCUUGGAGAUUUGAAAUAAAUUUAACAUAUUAAAAAUUCUGAGAAGUCUUAUUUAGCUUUGUUUAACCUAAUGUUAAGAUUAUUUGACCACAGAACUCUUUUGCCUCAGAACACUUAGUGUGUCUCACUGAACAUGACUGUUCUGCAGAAGUUUUGAAACCGCUACUCAUUCUGUGUUGGUCCAGUAGAUGAUGAGUUUAGUUUCGAACAUGUUGAACUUGAGGUGUCUAUGUAGACAUUUGGACAUUGAUGGUUGGAUAUACAGCCCUGAAGCUCACAAGUGAGACCUGGAAGUAAGCAAGGUGGUGGUGGUUAAUCCUCUGGGGUCCACGGGUUAAACUGUGAUCGUUAAGGUAGAAAACAUUCCAGGAGUGUUUUCACCAAUGAGGAAAUUGGCAGUCUAGUUUUGAACCCUUCCUUUAACUGCCUUACUAUGCCACCUGUCUUGAAAGAAGAAAUGGAAAGAAUACUCUGCUUAAAGUCAGAUCCACCGGAGUUCAAAUCCUGACUCGUCCGUUUACUUAGCUUCUGUGACCUUGGUUCAGGUGUUUAACUUCUCUGAGCUUCAGUUUCCUCAUCAAGGAAGGGGUUGACAACCUAACCUUAGAGAAUUGUGAGAAUUCUAAAGUAGUCACCAUGGUGCCUGGUAAGUUACCGCUGCUCCAUCAGUGCUAAUUCCCCUCUCCCUCUGCCUAGGGAAGAUCUGUUGCUUCAGACUUUCAUCUCCUGUGUAGCGCCUUUCAUUGGUGUAAAGCAGCACUGAAAAUGAAGCCAGGGCAACAAUCUAACUUCAGCCUAUUAAACAUCUGUAUGUAACUUGAAGAUGGAAUUCCAGGGCAGGUCAAAAGAGAUUGACUGAGUGGAGUAGCUGGAGUGAGUUCCCGCUGUGAAAAAGCCUGCAACCCUCGGAUGGGAAAUUUGGCUUUAGGGAGAAAACUCUGGGCAGACACCACCUGUGGUCAGAACGCCACUGAACUGUACUGCUUCUUUAGUGAGAACACUGAUCUGACUUGUCGGCAGCCCAAAUGUGACAAAUGCAAUGCUGCCCAGCCUCACCUGGCUCACCUGCCAGCUGCCAUGGCAGACUCGUCCUUCAGGUUUCCUCGCACAUGGUGGCAGUCUGCUGAGGAUGUGCACAGAGAAAAGAUCCAAUUAGACCUGGAAGCUGAAUUCUACUUCACUCAUCUAAUUAUGGUGUUCAAGUCCCCCAGGCCGGCAGCCAUGGUCCUGGACCGGUCCCAGGACUUUGGGAAGACAUGGAAGCCUUACAAGUACUUUGCAACUAACUGCUCUGCUACAUUUGGCCUGGAAGAUGAUGUUGUCAAGAAGGGAGCUAUUUGCACUUCUAGAUACUCCAGUCCUUUUCCGUGCACUGGAGGAGAGGUUAUUUUCAGAGCUUUGUCACCACCGUAUGACGUGGAGAACCCUUAUGGUGCGAAAGCACAGGAGCAGCUGAAGAUCACCAACCUCCGUGUGCAGCUGCUAAAACGACAGUCUUGUCCCUGUCAGGGAAAUGACCUGAAUGCAAAGCCUCAGCAUUUUACACACUAUGCAAUCUAUGAUUUCAUCGUCAAGGGCAGCUGCUUCUGUAACGGCCAUGCUGAUCAAUGUGUACCUGUUGAUGGCUUCAGACCCGUCAAGGCCCCAGGAACAUUCCACGUGGUCCAUGGAAAGUGUAUGUGUAAGCACAACACAGCAGGCACCCACUGCCAACAUUGUGCACCGUUGUACAAUGACCGCCCCUGGGAGGCAGCUGAUGGCAGAACAGGGGCUCCUAAAGAGUGCAGAACCUGCAAGUGCAAUGGGCAUGCUGAUGCCUGUCACUUUGACAUUAACGUGUGGGAGGCAUCAGGGAAUCGUAGUGGUGGUGUCUGCAACGACUGUCAGCACAACACGGAAGGUCAGCAUUGCCAGCGAUGUAAGCCAGGCUUCUACCGGGAUCUCCGGAGACCCUUCUCUGCUCCAGAUGCUUGCAAAUUGUGUUCCUGUCAUCCAGUUGGAUCAGCUGUCCUUCCUUUCAGCUCAGUGACGUUCUGUGACCCCAGCAAUGGUGACUGCCCUUGCAAGCCUGGGGUGGCAGGGCCACACUGUGACAGGUGUAUGGUGGGAUACUGGGGCUUCGGAGACUAUGGCUGCAGGCCUUGUGACUGUGCAGGGAGCUGCGACCCUCUCACAGGAGACUGCAUCAGCAGCAGCACAGACAUAGAGUGGUAUCAUGAAAUUCCUGACUUCCAUUCCACGCACAAUAAGAGCGAACCAACCUGGGAGUGGGAGGAUGAGCAAGGAUUCUCUGCACUUCGACAUUCAGGUAAAUGUGAAUGUAAGGAACAGGUGUUAGGAAACUCCAAGGCAUUCUGUGGAAUGAAAUAUUCAUAUGUGCUGAAAAUAAAGAUUUUAUCAGCUCAUGAUAAAGGAUCUCAUGCUGAAGUCAAUGUGAAGAUUAAAAAAGUCUUAAAAUCUACCAAGUUGAAAAUUUUACGAGGAAAGCGAACAUUAUAUCCAGAGUCUUGGACUAACAGAGGCUGCACUUGUCCGAUCCUCAAUCCUGGUUUGGAGUACCUGGUAGCAGGACAUGAGGAUGUAAGAACAGGCAAACUAGUCGUGAAUAUGAAAAGUUUUGUCCAGCACUGGAAACCUUCUCUUGGAAGAAAAGUCAUGGAUAUUUUAAAAAGAGAAUGCAAGUAUCGAUAAAGGUGGAUAGCACAUAAUGGCACUUCUCUGUGUACAAAACACAAACUGAAUGGAAAAGAGACCUCAAAAAUGAAACUGGAAUUCUUUUUAAGUGCCAAAAUGUAUAGAAAUGUUCCAAUGCAUGGGCCUUGUCUAGCCUAUCUGUUUUGGGCCCAUGUUUAAAUACAAUCUGUUUCAUAAAGAGGAAUGAAAAAUCCGAAGCUGAUACCUGUUUUCUAUGGGACUGAUUCUGAAAUUCAUAACUAUUAAGAAUAUUUUAAUAGCAGUAUAAUAUUUAGCAGUAAUCCAUUAAGGGCAAUACAUCUAACAAGGAUUCCCUCAGCUUCAGAUAUGUUACUUACAUUUGUGCUACUUAAAGUAAUUAAUGAGAUUUUUAAGGAACCCCCAACCCUACUAUCAGAAAAGGUAUUUCUUAAAAAGAGCCUUCUCUUGCGUGAUGUGCGCGAACUUUGGUCUGUUGGGUGUUAAAUGGACCCUUUCCACAUGUAAAUAGUAUUUCCUUGUAUAAAGCACUUUACUGCCCACCACUUGUGUUGUGAAAGUUUGGAGACUGCAGUUGACAGAAAGAAAAGAAAAGGUGUGUAAGAAAACCUACUGAAACAGAAGCACUGCCACUACGUGUGGACAAAAGUGACCGCAUAAAGGAAGUCCUACUAUUUAACUCUGAACGCUUGGAGAAGCUAUGUGAAGAUGCAACCUUAAAGGAGAAUAUGUUUGCAUGAAGUCUCAGCUUCAGGCUAGAGGUUAGAUUCCAGAGAUACUGGCCAAGAUGAAACUUUUUAAAAAAAUCUAAACAAGAAGAGACUUUAAAAUAAGAGAAAGAAAUCAUAAGUGUAGAAAUAUGCUUUGAUAAAGAUGAAAUGGACUUUAAAUUUUAAAAAGCUCACUUAUUUGCAAUGCACUUGUGUACACUUCAAAAAUUAUUGUAGACACAGAAUUUGUUUUAUUUUUGUGUUUAGUAUUUAAACCUGAAUAUUGAAACAGUUUCCUCCUUGUCUUUAUUAACAGUAUAUGGUCAUUAUAUUUACUCAUUUUUUUACACAAUAUAUUUGAUAGUUCACCAAAUUACAGGUUUUUGGUAUUAUUCAUCUUCUUUACCCAUGCAUAACCACUAUAAACACAGGUUCUUCUGUACUUGAAUAUACAAAACAGGAACCACCGUGCCAUAAGAUUGACUUCACAUACAGAACACAUUUUUUUCCUGAGGUCCUGUGGACUUGCGAAAGAUAUAUAUAUAUUGCUCUGUUAAUUUUUUUAUAUUUCAUAUAUGUAAUAAAGGAAUGCGACCUCCUGA